AUGAUCUUUUUCGUGAUUCGAAUCGGCGUUGGGUCGUCGUCGUCGUCGUCGUUGACGUCGUCGAUGUCGUCGUCGUCGUCGUCGUCGUCGUCGUUGUCGUUCGGCCCGGCCGCGCCGCCAGAGCACCUUCCUCCCCAGGGAGGCGACGCAGAGGAGCAGGGUCGACACCGAGGGGGCGCAGGCCGCGGCGGCGGCCCGGCCCCGCCCCGACGAGCUGCUGGCGAGCCUGACGGCGAGGCACAGCGAGACAGCCCGCAGGCCCUGCUGCCGAAGGGGCGCCUGCCGCUGCCGCGGCCGCCCCCGGCGGGAGCCGACUCGCGGGCGCGCGCGCGGUGGCGAAAGACAACGCAGACAAAUGGAAUUACCGGCUACUUCAUUGGCGCCCUUGGCAUCGCUGCUCGGCUGGUCGUCGACCAGGUAGACCACGCCUCCGUUGGCGAGAUGCAGUGGAACAUGUCCUUGAUAUCGGAGUGCGGCGGCGGGAUGGAGGUGGAGGAUGGGCGCCACUUCCCGAACGAGCUGGACGACGGCACCGAGCCAGAGGGCUGGCGCGAUCAGCUGGAGGCGGCGAUCCGCAGCGCAGUGCCGCAGGUGCGCAGCGCGGGGCACGCCAAGCCGAGCGUCUACACGGGCGACUGCGGGGCGUGCCUCGCCCUGCUGCACCUCGCGCACCACGGCGCGCUGGCGGACGCGCCGGAGGUGGUGGAGGAGGCACUGCGGCGGCUGCGCCGGGCGGAGGGCCGAUUCGAUGCCAGGCGUGUGACGCUGCUGGAGGGCUCCCCGGGCGCCAUCGUGCUGCAGGCGUGGGCGCACCAGCAGCGCGGCGAGGGCCACGAGGCGGCCGCGUGUGCGGAGCGGCUCGGCGCACUGGCGGCUGCUGGGCGACGCGCAGCUCCUGGCCGCGCCGGCCGCCCGGCUCGUCGAGCAGGUGCUGUCCGCCGGGCGGCGCGAUGCGCGCGGGUCCUGGCCGCUGUACUACGAGUGGCACGACAAGUGCUACUUCGCUCUGGCGGCGCGCACGGCGUGGCCGGGAUCCUCCUGACGCUCUUGCAGCUGCCCAGCGAGCUGGCCCAGGCGGGGGAGGGGUCACUGCAGCUCGUGCGCGACACGGCCGACAAGCUCCUGUCCCAGCGCUUCCAGAGCGGCAACCUGCCGUCCUCCGCCGGCAGCCACAGGGACAGGUGCGUUCACUGGUGCCACGGCGCGCCAGGCCUGGUGCCGCUCCUCCUCCAGAUGUCGACGGUGUACCAGGACGCCCGGUAUCUGCAGCUCGCCCUGGAGAGUGGCGAGGUGGUGUGGCGGCGAGGCCUGCUGCGCACGAAGGGCCUCGGGCUGUGCCACGGCAUCCCUGGCAACGGCUACGUGUUCUUGUCGCUGUGCCGGGCCACUGGCGACGCCCUCUGGCUGCGCCGCGCGCAGCACUUCUCUUCGCGGCCUUCGCCGCGCAGCGGCAGCGGGACCUGA